AUGCUUGAACAUCAGAUGAAAUUUCAGGUGAUACCAAAUGAUGUUAAAAGGACAUGGAAUGAGCACGUCCUACAAGUACUGGUUCCCACCAGCCUUAUUUUGCAGAUCAUCUUAAGUAUACUAGGAAACCUUCGGAAAUACAAUCCAAGGACUAUAAUCAGAAUCACUCUUUGGUGUGUGUACUUUUUGGCUUACGCUAUUGUACCAGUGGCCCUUAGUAUUACUGCCCAAAGUGCCUUGGAAUCAUGCAACAACUCUCAUCCUGCUUCAAAAUAUCACAGAUCCAACACAAGUGAGCUCAUGGGUUUUUGGGCACAGUUUCUCUUUCUUCACCUUGGUGGUGCAGACACCAUUACUGCUUACUCCUUGGAAGACAAUGAUCUUUGGUUAAGACACUUGGUUUUUCUUCUAUUCCAAUCAGGAGUAGCUUUAUAUAUCCUUUUGUUGUCUUGGCCAGGUUGUUCUCAUAUCCCACUGCUAAGCAUACUCGUUUAUGCAUCCGGUUGCAUCAAGUGUUUUGAACGUGUUCAGGCUCUAAGGUUAGCAAACACUGAGCAUCUCAGAGAGACAAUGCUUGGUCCUGCUGACCCAGGUCCUGAUUAUGUCAAAUUUCUGGAGGAAUUUCUGUUGAAAAAGUCACAGGGUUUCAUUGUGAAGGUUGAGGAGGUUUUGGAGAAUGCUCUUCCAACUAUUCGUGCAUAUUCCCAAACUGGGCGUGAAGAAAUACUUGAAGCAUACAAUCUGUUCCAAACAUUCAAGCGUCUAUUUGUUGGUCUUAUACUCACAUAUGAAGAUAGGGAUAGAAGCACAUCGUAUUUUCAGCAUCUUGAUUCAGCUUGUGAAGUUUUCCGUGCUGUGGAGAUUGAACUUGGAUUUGUAUAUGACAUGCUUUACACAAAGGCAAGUGUGCUCUAUACAAAUAAGGGCCUCAUACUUCGUGCUAUUGGUGUUCUUCUCCUUCUCCUGGUACUUGUUGGCUUCCAUUUUCACAGUGAUAUGGACCAUUACCUAGUCAUUGACAUUGUCAUUACUUAUUUAGUAAUUGCAGCAGAAUUUUCAAAAGAAAUCUUUUCCUAUAUUACCAUGUUCCAUUCAGAUUGGGCUCAUAUCUGGUUUAAACAGCAGAACCACACUCACGACAACCUUAUAUUUUCAUUCUUGAAGCAACCGAGUAAACAAAGGUGGUCCAAUUCCAUUGGACAGUUAAACCUACUAAGUGUCGCACUCAAGGAGAACCCCGCUUGUUUUUUAAAUCAGAAACUUUUCGGGGUACAUAAGUUUCUGAAGAAGCAAAGAUACGAGACAUAUAUCGAGGUUUCUGCCAACCUGAAGGAUAUGAUUUACAGUCAGUUUCUUGAGUUUGUGGAGCGUAGUUCUGAUCCAAAAGGAUUAUGCAUUCACAAAGGUGGCUAUUGUCUCGAAGAGAAUGGUCUGAGAACGCUUUUGUGGAGCAUCAAUGAUGUGGAAUUCGAUCAGAGCAUUCUUAUCUGGCACAUCGCUACUGCUCUUUGUUACUACUCUGAGAGUAGUGAUCAAUUAGAAAUCAACCGCAUCGAAAGUAAGAACAUGUCUGAGUAUCUGGUGAAUCUUUUAAUUUCAAACCCUGAAAUUCUGCCAAUAGGUAUCGGCAUGAUCAGGUAUCGUGACACAUGUGCUGAAGCCAUUCGCUUCUUCAAAAUGAAAAGCCCUAUUACCCAAAUAUCUGAUGCCUGCAGAAAGUUACUUGAAGUUAGUUGUGAGGAAUUGUUGCCUAGUAUAGUGAAGGGGGAUCAAUCCAAAUCUGUACUCUUUGAUGGUUGUAGACUUGCAUUAGCUUUGAGAAAGAUGAAAAACAGGGAGAUAAUGUGGAAAGUGAUGAGUCAAGUAUGGAUCGAGAUUCUGGCUUAUGCAGCUGCUCACUGCAGAGUGUUCCACCAUUCACAGCAGCUUGGGAGAGGGGGAGAAUUUCUGACUCAUAUUUGGCUUUUGAUGGCACACUUAGGAAUGACAGAGCAUUUCCAGGUAACUCAUGGCCAUGCAAGAGCUAGGUUCAAUGUUUCAUAG